AUGAAAAUUCAACCAGUAAUUUCCGAAGAUUCAAUUUUAUUAACAUGUGAUCUUUUGGAUUGUUUAAUUAAUGAAGCUAUAUCGAGAAUGCAUCAAAUUGCAAUGGACGGAGAGGAACUUAAUUUAUCACAUUUAGAAAAAAUACUUCCUCAAUUACUCUUAGAUUUUUUUUAA